CAGCAAGCUUGGAGAAGCAGCGAGCAGCAAGACCCUCUGCUUGGAGAGGUUGUCCCCCAGGACCAUGCUGAAUGUGCUGCUGCUGUGCUGCGGGCUGCUGCAGGGGGUUGUCCUCAGUGCUGACCUCGGCUGUGGGCUGCCAGGGAAGGCUAGUGGAGGACUGGAGGGCACAGACAGAGCCCACUCCUCCAGCCUGCUGCGGAGAGUCAAUGAGGUGUCUGCAGAGCCAGCAGGAGCUCUCCCCAGGCUAGGGCUCGAGCAGAUGACCCUGGAGGUCCAAGAAGCCAAUGGUAACCUCAUGCAGAGAGACAGCAUCCUAGAACCGCAGGCAUCUUCCAUAGAAGCAGAAGCUGCUGGCCGUGAGGAGCGCUCCCCCCGCCGCUGUGUCCGCCUCCUGGAGUCAUGCCUGGGCCACCAGGUCCCCUGCUGUGACCCCUGUGCCACCUGCUACUGCCGCUUCUUCAAUGCCUUCUGCUACUGCAGGAAAAUCAGCACCAGCUUCCCCUGCGGCAAGAACUAG